AUGGCUCCCUCCCGUGUCCCCGUCCGCACCGAUAAUGCGCCCCUGCCGCCUCCCUUCCUCUCCCAGGCCAUCGUGUCCGGCGACCUAGUCUUCUGCUCCGGUCAAGUGGGCGUCAACCCCAGCACGGGGAAGAUGGUCGAGGGCCCGAUCCAGGAGCGCACGAAACAAAUCCUGCGCAACCUCAGCGCGGUGCUCGAAUCUGCCGGUUCCAGUCUUAAGGAUGUGGUCAAGGUGAACAUCUUCCUGGCGGACAUGGCCGAUUUCGGCAAGGUCAACGAGGUGUAUGCUGCGACUUUUCCAGAUCCGAAGCCAGCGCGGACGUGUGUUGCGGCCAAGACGCUGCCCAUGGGGACGGAUGUGGAGAUUGAGUGUACGGCUGCUGUGACUAGGGCUCGUCUGUAG